CUCAACCAGGGUCCCUCGUCCAGUCAUGUCACCUGGGUGACAUUUGACACCUAGGUCAUGUGACUCCUCCCAUGAGCUGAAGAAAGAUGGCGGAUGCCACCUGAAAUUUUGUCGUCAUGAGACCCGCGCACUCCUUCAUUCCAUCCGCUCGUCUCCAGACCUGAGAAGAAGAAAAAAACUCCAAACGCCAGCCUUACCGUGAUCGACUUGACAAGAAAUUUGAAAAUGGACACAACAAAACCCGAGAACUAUUCUACAAACCACUCCUUCCAGCACAAUCUCGGAAUUGAGUUGCAGCAGAAGCACAUGAGGUGGGAGGAAGGCGACACAGUUUUGGACGCGGGAUGUGGCACUGGGGAAAUCUGCAAGUACAUCUCCCAACAGCCAGGGGUCGCUUCUGUGGUGGGCUUUGAUGUCUCACCUGACUUCAUCAGCUUUGCCAGUCAGCACAACUCAUCCGCAAACAUGCGCUACCACGUGUCUGAUGUGUCGGAUGCGUCAACCAUCAAGCCAGAGUGGCAAGCUGCCUUCAGUAAGGUAGUUUCUCACGCAGUACUACACUGGGUCCAAGACAAGGUUGCAGCACUGAAAGUGUUGCAUUCAUGCCUGAAGCCUGGUGGAGAAAUGUUAUUAUGGUUCUGUGCUAGUAAUGAGAGUAAGUUCUGUCAAAUCGUCCUGGAUAUGGCUACCCACCACAAGUGGAAAACCUACUUGAACGAUUUUGAGCCAAAUUUGUUUCCGUGGCCUUCCAGUGAUUUUGUAAAUGGAGGCCACAGUAGCUACUUUCUGGAGGAGUGUGGUUUUGAGGUCCUCUCAUGUUAUUCUAAAUCAUAUCAACAGCCUUUUGGCUCUAAGGAAAAGUGGAGGAAAGCUAUCAGUACGCUUUUACGCCACCUUAGCUACAUACCACAAGACAGACACGAGGAAUUCUUGGACGACGUCGAAAAGAUGUCCAGAGAUAUCAACUUUGUGUCAGACGAUUAUAAAGCAAUUGGGAAGUGUCAGGUUGUUCAUGCUCGAAAGUUGUAAUGUUCUCACGAAGUUCUACACUGGGUACAAGAAAAGGUUGCAGCCUUAAAAGUAUAGUAUUCAUAAUAUCCGAUAUUGAUAUAAAUAUACAUUAAGAAGAGGGUAAGACAAGUUAACAUACAAAUACUUAGCAGAGGUAAGAGUUUGAAAGUCAAUUUUUCAACUGUUGUUGCUGCAUGAUUUAAAGAGAUCUGGGAAUAAAAGACUGGACUUUGUCUUUCGAUA